AAACCUCUCUUCACCUCCUUAAAUCCAGGUUAAAUAGCGCAACACCACGUGCUGUUUGCAAACCUGGUGACUGAUCCUAGAAGCGGAGCCUCACUCGGGAGCCAGCAUGUCAGCAGUGGUCCUGGAGCACCGAGGCUUGGGCAGGAAACUCUCUGACUUCGGCCAGGAAACAAGCUAUAUUGAAGACCACUCCACUCAAAAUGAGGCCGUGUCAUUAAUCUUCUCUCUCAAAGAAGAAGUUGGUGCCCUGGCCAAAGUCCUGCGCUUAUUUGAGGAGAAUGAUGUCAAUCUCACCCACAUCGAAUCCAGACCUUCGCGGUCAAAGAAAGACGAAUAUGAAUUUUUCACUUUUCUGGAUAAACGCAGCAUCCCUGCUCUGGCCAACAUCAUCAAGAUCCUGAGGCACGACAUCGGUGCCACUGUCCAUGAGCUUUCCCGGGACAAGAAGAAAGAUACAGUGCCCUGGUUCCCAAGAACCAUACAAGAACUCGACAGAUUUGCCAAUCAGAUUCUCAGCUACGGAGCCGAGCUGGAUGCAGACCACCCGGGCUUUAAAGACCCCGUGUACAGAGCCAGAAGGAAGCAGUUUGCGGACAUUGCCUACAACUACCGACAUGGGCAGCCCAUCCCUCGAGUGGAGUACACCGAAGAGGAAAAGAAAACGUGGGGGACCAUAUUCAAGACCCUGAAGUCAUUGUAUAAAACCCAUGCUUGCUACGAGCACAAUCACAUUUUCCCUCUUUUGGAAAAGUACUGUGGCUUCCAUGAAGAUAAUAUUCCCCAGUUGGAAGACGUUUCUCAAUUUCUGCAGACUUGCACUGGUUUCCGCCUCCGACCCGUGGCUGGCCUGCUUUCCUCUCGAGAUUUCUUGGGUGGCCUGGCCUUCCGAGUCUUCCACUGCACACAAUACAUCAGGCACGGCUCCAAGCCCAUGUACACGCCCGAACCUGACAUCUGCCAUGAGCUGCUGGGACAUGUGCCCUUGUUUUCAGACCGCAGCUUUGCCCAGUUUUCCCAGGAAAUUGGCCUUGCCUCUCUGGGUGCACCUGAUGAGUACAUUGAGAAACUCGCCACGAUCUACUGGUUUACUGUGGAGUUUGGGCUUUGCAAGCAAGGAGGCUCCAUAAAAGCCUAUGGUGCGGGGCUCCUGUCAUCAUUUGGUGAAUUACAGUACUGCUUAUCAGAGAAGCCAAUCCUCCUCCCCCUGGAGCUGGAGAAGACAGCCAUCCAGGAGUACAGCGUCACCGAGUUCCAGCCCCUGUAUUAUGUAGCUGAAAGUUUUAAUGACGCCAAGGAGAAAGUGAGGAACUUUGCUGCCACGAUCCCAAAGCCCUUCACAGUUCGUUACGAUCCGUACACUCAGAGGAUUGAGGUCUUGGACAACACCCAGCAGCUUAAGAUUUUGGCCGACUCCAUCAAUGGUGAAGUUGGAAUCCUUUGCAGUGCCUUGCAGAAAAUCAAGUAAAGUUUGGGCAGAAUUCCUUCUGUCAGCUGGUGAAUCUGUUGAUAGAAAUCCAACUGCUUCCUUUAUUUCAUCUGAAAAAAUCUGAAAAGGCAAACCUUCAUAUUAAAUAACAGGUUUAAAUUCUUUUGGAGGACAAGAUGAAAGAUCAACAAGUAGAGAAAAAUAAUUUGAAAUGGUUUCAUAAUUAAUAUAUACCCAAAUAAUCAUAACGGUAGAUCAAAUAUGGCAGUCUUCGACUUAAAGAUGGUAAUCUCAUACUCAUAACUGAUUUUAAAAUCAAUGAGAGGUCACAUUUCAUCAAGACUAAUUAAACUUGUUUUGUUUUUUGCUAUGGAGAAAUCCUAAGGGAGCAUAUAUGAUUAAAUAUUAGGCACAAAAUGGUUAUUAGAAUUGAAUUUUCAGGUUUAAUAUGUGCUAACACCCAAAUUCAUCAUCUACUUGAGUUCACUGUAAUUUCAAUUACUGCUUUGGUAUUUUGCCUGUAAGAUUACCUUGAAUUGAAGAACCCAUUGAAAGAGUUACAAACAUUAAAAGUUCUGUAGCACCAAAAAA